GUACAUAUAUAAAACAUUUAAUGCCUUAGACCAUAAGAGAAAAUAAAAUACAUUUUUCUUACAAUUAAAAUUAGAGAAUAAUAAAUUUAGUCAAACAGUGACUAUAUAAUUGUGUAGCGUCGACAUUUGCUGUAAAAAUAGAAUUGUUACGAAUACUGUAAUGACAGGUGCGCCCGCGAGGGAGAUAAACGGAUCAGUAUCAAAAAUGCCUUACAACCAAGCGAACAUGGAUGAUAGAGACAAUUAUUUUGCACCAAAUUAUCAGAAUUAUCAGGUGCCAGUGACUCCACCAGGAUUAGAAGCUAUUUAUUCAGCAUGUCGGAAAUUAUAUCAAGAUCAACCAAAUCCGUUACAAGUUACAGCUCUCGUAAAAUAUUGGCUGGGUGGUCCAGAUCCAUUAGACUACAUCAGUAUGUAUGCCAAUCCUGGUGACCCAGACAAAGGGGUUCCCCCACAUUGGCACUACAUCAGCUUUGGCCUGUCAGAUCUCCAUGGCGAUGGCAGAGUUCAUGAAUGUCAAGGUACAGAUGGACCAAGUGGUUUUGGUUUUGAGUUGACAUUCAGACUGAAGCGUGAGCCUGGAGAGACUAACCCACCAACAUGGCCAGCAACACUGAUGCAAGCACUCUCUAGAUAUGUUUUUCAAACAGAAAACAAAGUAUAUGCUGGAGACCAUGUGCCAUGGCAUAUCCCGCUAGAUGGUAGCGAAUCACGUAUACAACACAUGCUUAUGGCAGAAGACCCUCAGCUGCAUCCAAUCACCACCCCAUUUGGACCUGUGUGCUUUGUACAGAUUGUUGGAGUUUGCACGGAAGAAUUACGUGCAGCACAGCAUUGGAAUGGUCCAGGAGUUAUUGAACUUCUCAGAUCUAUUUCAUCAGCGGGAGGUCCCUGGUUGAUCACUGAUAUGAGGCGGGGCGAGUCUUUGUUUGAACAUGGACCCAGUCUGCAGGAGAAAGUUGAUCUUGGUAUUGAGUCAGAAGGUUCAAACUUGAGUGGCGUCAACAGCAAGUGCUCCUGGGAAGAGCCCGGUGAGAAUGACCGAGACAACUUAUAUGACAAGGACGGGUUUGACGAUGAUGAAGACGAUGCUGAGAGAGGACACCUGUCUAUAUUAGAAUCAGAACAAAUCAAAGCAACACUGUCAAGAGGGCUGCAUUCAGAUCUACGUCCAAAUAUUGCUGAUUUCAAUCGACCACGAUCAAGGAAAAAUUCAUUUGACAGCACAGAAAGUUCAGAUGCCCCAACAGAGUUGUUACGGACAAGAACGUUGGAAUAUGUUCAUCUCAAAUUUAAUCUUGAAGCGGCGUCAUUGCUGCCUUUAGCAUUGAGGGGAAGAUUACGGCAUGGGCGACAUUUUACGUUUAUGAGUGCAACAAACGAUUCUGCAAUCACUCUUGUAUCACCUAGUGUAAACGGCUCAAUAGCUGAUGAAGAGCACCCGUUUGCAGCACAUGGCCUAUGGUUACAAGUUUUACUCGCUGAUGAUUUCAUUGAAGAAAUGUGUAUAGACCUACAAGAGUUGUCUAAUCCUGAAGAUUUACUUUUACCUAAAACCUACAGAUGGCCUGAGAGGAGGCUUUGUAUUACAAUCUUACCUGACGAGGCAUAGCCGAGAACCAGGAUCAGCCAAAAGGAAGGCUUUGUGAAGUGAAACCCCCGUUGCCUGUGUUGAUAGCCAGUUUUUUCUUCAUCAAACUUGAAUUGUAGAAACUGUUUGGUUAGCAACAAAUUACAGCAAAAACACAGAUUAAUAACGAAAACAGUGGAUAAAAAUGACUGAAGGAAUUCUCUGAAAUGCAACACUAGGAUUUUAUCUAGAUCGAAACAGGAUUAUAAACACUGGAAUAAGCAACUUAAAUAUUUACAGUUUUAACACGGCAAACAGGGGUUAACAAUGAAAUCUAGUCAGACUUGGAAAUUAUUAGAUUUAUUUGAAAACUUGCAAUCAGUGUGCUUGAAGGAUUAUAGAGUGCUGGACAGUGCUUAAGUUGUGCUGGAAGUUUGACUGUGCAAACAAGCUGAUUCUGAGAUGAAAUAAUAUUUUAUAAAAGAGUGCUGAAUACUGGACACUAAUGGAAAUAAACACUUUCUAAUUUCCUGGUGUGAAAUUGUUACAAACAGCGGUUAAGGCAUUGUUCAUUGAAUUCAUGUGUAAAUAAUUUCAUUAUUUCAGUGACGUUCAAAAUUAUACAUAAGUAUAAAAAAGGACUGGUUUAUUUGAACCAUGUUAAGAGUUUCAUAAUCUCUUUCAUGUUUGUGACAUUAAUAAAAACUGGACAGGUGCUUAGUUUUGAAACAUGGAAAUAUUUAUGAUUUUUGCGACUCGGAAAUAUUUGCAGAAUCAAAGCUGAGAAGAAAUUUGUACCUAAUAGCAUCAUAAUGAAUGACCAUUACUAUGUCAGUUAGAACAUAUAAAACUAUUUUAUGAGAAAUGUGUUAGCAGCUAACUUUAUAAUAAAAUUUUACACUAAAAGAUGCAACUAUGUCAGAAAAAAAAAACAAACAAAUUCAGCUGAACAUUUAUUUGCAGUUCUUUUUAAAUUCAACAAAUACUACCUUUUGAUGAAAAAGUAAAAGAAAUAGCUUAUGUCCCAGGACCUUCCUUUCUAUUAGAACAUUUCGUUAGUCUCAAAUGGACUUGAUUAUUUACACCUUGUUAUGUUUUAACAAUUAUUUUUCAAAUGACAAAGUAUUACAACAGUAUACUGUAGUAGUUAUUUUUUGACAAAAAUUAGUUAAUACUGGAUUUUCUCAUAAAGUGGAGCUUUGUAUUACUUAACCCUUUAUCAUGCUAAACACAAUUGAUUCUGCCUUUGCGACCAGUGUAGAUGAUGAUCAGACUGCACUUCUUGCAGUCUGAUCAUGAUUUGCACUGUUUGCCAUUCAGUCAGUAUUUUUUGGUAAGCACUCAUUUUAACAGUUAAUGGUGCUGUCCAAAUUGAAAGAUGGAUGAGUUCAUUAUAGAAAUUUAGUAGGGUAAGGGUUAAAAGCAAGUGGUUAGUAUAUGACAAGGGAGACAAUUGUUCUGCCGCGGUUUCAGACUGGCAAUAUACUCGAUUAAAUAAAAGUUGUUCUUUGAAAUAUUACAAUAGUUAGAUAAUAUGCUAUACAAUAAUUAAUAAAAUCAAACAUGUAAAGAGAUUUAAGUAAAUAUUUUUAGUAUAUUUGUUAAGAAUAUAUGCAUUUUCUGCAGAAAUGUGAAAUUGUUUGGGAGCUGUUUUGUUUUACAAACCCUUUAGUUUGUAUGAGAUUUUUACAGACCUAUUUAUAAUAAUAAUUGUAAAUAUAUGUAAAUUUUUACUUUGUAAAUAAUGUAUAUCUUUUGUACAAAGACUAUGAUUUAUCUCCAUACGCAUGUCACCUGGUAACAAUUUAAAUCCUUGCAAAUUGUGCCUUAAUUACAAUGUUCAUAAUAUAGAAAAGAAGUAUUUUUUAUUAUAUAAGCGAUUUUCCAGUUUAUUAUUUUUGCACUUUUUCUGAUUUUAUUAUGGAUUUUGUUUAUAUAUUUGAAAUAUGAAAUUUAGCAUAAAAGUAAAACCUGUUUUACAUUAAUUUGAUAAAUUGAUAUGAUACGGAUAUGCAUGUGAAUGGUACUAUUUUGAAUAUUUGAAUAUUCAUUAGGGAUGGAAGAUUUAUUUUUAGAAAUUUCUUAUUAAAGAAUGUAAGUUUCAUUGAAUGUAAGACUUGCAGAAUGAUUUAUUGGGCAUGAAAUAUGUAUUAGAUCGAAGAUAUCCAUUUAAAAAUUUUAAAAGAGUGCAGUAUUUUAUCAGUGUUAAUACCUACUUACUCUUAGUAAAGUGACAUAUUUUGGAUGUAUAGAUCAUAGAAAUUUUAAAUUUGUUACUUUCAUAUUUAACCACUGUUUUGUCAGUUUUAUCUUUCUGAGGUGACUAUUGUACUCAGAAUUUCAGAGUUAACAAUUUUACCUCUGUAUACUCUCUUUGACCUAGUUCUUUCUAAAGGACUGCCUCGGAUUGCUGUUCAAAGUCUAUAUGAGCCGUGCCAUGACAAAACCAACAUAGUGGCAUUGCGACCAGCAAGGAUCCAGACCAGCCUGCGCAUCCACGCAGUCUGGUCAGGAUCCAUGCUAUUCGCUUUCAAAGUCUAUUGCAAUUAGAGAAACUGUUAGCGAACAGCAUGGAUCCUGACCAGACUGCGCGGAUGCGCAGGCUGGCCUGGAUCCAUGCUGAUCGCAAAGCCACUAUGUUGAUUUUCUCAUGACACGGCUCAUAUAAUUCCUAACUCGUGUUUUUUAUAUCAGAAUGUCUACUUGCAUUAUUCUACUGAAAAUCUGCUUCUUAAGUUCUAACUGUUUUUUAAAUUUAGUUUUAUUAGCUCGACUAUUCGAAGAAUAGUCUAGCUAUUCUACUCACCCUGGCGUCGGCGUCGGCGUCGGCGUCACACCUUGGUUAAGUUUUUGCAUGCAAGUACAGCUAUCAUUUAAAGGCAUAUAGCUUUGAAACUUAUUUAUUCUUUUUCUAGGUCAAUUACCAACCUCACUGGGUCAAGUUCCAUAACUCUAACAUGUAUUUUGAGCAAAUUAUGCCCCCUUUUGGACUUAGAAAAUUCUGGUUAAAGUUUUACAUGCAAGUUACUAUCUCCAAAACUAAUGCAGAUAUUGAAUUGAAACUUCACAUGUGUCUUUGGGGUUAUAAAACUAGUUGAUAGCACCAAGUCCCAUAACUCUGACCUUCAUUUUGGCCAAAUUAUGCCCCCUUUUGUACUUAGAAAAUUUUGGUUAAAGUUUUGCGUGCAAGUACAUACAGCUAUUACUAAAAGGCAUAUAGAUUUGAAACUUAUUUUUUCUUUUUCUAGAUCAAUUACCUACCUCACUGGGUCAAGUCCCAUAACUCUGACAUGUAUUUUGGCCAAAUUAUGCCCCCUUUUGGACUUAGAAAAUUCUGGUUAAAGUUUUGCGUGCAAGUACAUACAGCUAUUACUAAAAGGCAUAUUGAUUUGAAACUUAUUUUUUCUUUUUCUAGAUCAAUUACCUACCUCACUGGGCCAAGUCCCAUAACUCUGACAUGUAUUUUGAGCAAAUUAUGCCCCCUUUUGGACUUAGAAAAUCCUGGUUAAAGUUUUACAUGCAAGUUACUAUCUCCAAAACUAAUGCAGAUAUUAAAUUGAAACUUCACAUGUGUCUUCGGGGUUAUAAAACUAGUUGAUAGAAUCAAGUCCCAUAACUCUGACAUGUAUUUUGGGCAAAUUAUGCCCCCUUUUGGACUUAGAAAAUCCUGGUUAAAGUUUUGCGUACAAGUACAUACAGCUAUUACCAAAAGGCAUAUAGCUUUGAAACUUAUUUAUUCUUUUUCUAGGUCAGUUACCAACCUCACUGGGUCAAGUUCCAUAACUCUUAACAUGUAUUUUGAGCAAAUUAUGCCCCCUUUUGGACUUAGAAAAUUCUGGUUAAAGUUUUACAUGCAAGUUACUAUCUCCAAAACUAAUGCAGAUAUGGAAUUGAAACUUCACAUGUUUCUUCGGGGUUAUUAAACUAGUUGAUAGCAUCAAGUCCCAUAACUGAUAUGCAUUUUGGUCAAAUUAUGUCCCGUUUCGAACUUAAAACUCUUUUGAUAUUUAACAUUUUGGGUAAUAAUUUCCUGCUUCUGUGACAAUAUUUCGAAUAGUCGAGCUUGGCUGUCUUACGGACAGCUCUUGUUAAUUAUACCUAUAGUUAAAAUCAAUUAAUGCCCAUUAUCAAAAUUGUACAAGGCUACUAAAAUGCAUAAUUUUGCCAAGAAUUGAUCAUUUAUAAUGAUGUUCUAAUUUUUGGCAUGUAUUUGAAUAAAUUAGGACAUUCUUGAACAGUAUUUCAAAUGGUUUCAAGUUAAGAAGUGAAAUAGCAGGUUUUAAAGUUGAAAGUGUUGUAGACAUUUAAUGACAAACGUCUUUUCUUAGACUAAGGAUUUCAAACUUUUGUAUCUGUUAUAUUCUUUCUCUGCUGUGCUGUUACUAACCUUUACCGAAAAUUUCGUUCUUUUUCGUGAAUCUUGAGAUGCGCUUAAGAUUAAAAAGUGCAGAGGAGAAGAGUUAAAGGGGAUUUUGUCGGGCUUGAAGAACUAAAUUUUGUGUGAAAUUUUAGAAGUCAAUUUAGUGAAAAGUCUUCAUAAUUGCUGGAAGGAAAAUGACAAUUUGAGAGAGUUGUUCAAACUUAUUAUUCAGUAGUAUGGAACAAAUUUACGUUUCCAGUUAUGAUAUCUUUUGUGAUGUUUUAACAGUCUAAUUGAGCAAAAGUAUUUUUGUUAACAGUGUCAUUGUUUAUUGAACUACAGAAGUGACAGGCAAAUGAAAUGACAAUCCCAAUCCCUUCUCCUUUGUUUGCUAUACAAAAACAUAACUUAAUCUAGGACUGUAGGUUGAGUUUUGAAUAUAUGUUUAAGACACAUGGUAUAUUGAGGAAGGAAAAAUAUGGUAUAUGUAUCGAACAGACCUUCCUUCCAUUUGGAGGUAUAAAAUAGUUAAAAUAGAUAAAGAUGUUGUCAGAGUAACUAUGGUAACAUUUGAUAUUUUAUAUUUCAUGGUUUUCAUAUAUUACAAUAUGGAUUAUAUAUGAUAAUUUCACAGUGAGGUUAUCAGAUAUGAUUUCACAGGUACUGAAACACUUGAACGUGUAGGUGUAUGAAAUUAUCUUAAUCUCACAUUCAUAUAGAAUCAUAUUUAGCAAAACACUGUGAAAUAUGCCCUUAUUAAAAUGUUAAUCUUUAAAAACUAAAAUAAAAAGAAAAUGUGUUUCUUUUACAUGCAGGUGUGCAAGAUCAAAAUGUGUGUCUGCCACUUGUGGAAAUACUGCAUCUGGUUUAUGGCAGGUUGAAAUCUUUUCCAUGUUGUAUUUAAACAAACAAAUAUCCAUCUUCUUUACUUUCGUUCUUCUCUGUUGUUGCAUAUAAAUGUAUGGAACCAUAAUUGCACCUUUAAAUUUACUUUGAAAUUGCUGAUCUUGUUUUUUUUUCAAGAAAUUUUAAGUGCUUUCUUGAAUGAUAGUGUAAAUGCUUUCAUAAAAGACUGACCAUUAUGUUAUCUUUUUAUAGGUAGAAAGUAAUAUCUUUCUUUGAUGUUAUAACCAAUUCAAAUAGAUUAGUCAUGUAUUUGCAUGUUAUGUUUUUAUACCAGUCGAUAAUAGUUAUAAAAUUUAGUUAGUUCAUUUAACACAGAAAAGGCUAGUUCAUCUAACAUAGGAAAUGCUUAAUGGUCAGUGCUAUGAUAGUAUUUAAACAUAUUCCAUUGUGUUGUAAUGACUUUUUUGUCCUUGUUUCAAGUACAAAUGAUACUGCAGCAAUUUUCUUAACGAGUUCUGGAUAUUCAUGCCAUGAGUAUAGAUGUAUAUGUAAUAGACUCAGAGGUCUGCAUAUAUUAGACAGUCAUUUCCUUGAAAACAUUUUUCUUCAGAUUUUUCUGUUUUUUUACUUCCUUCUGAUAUGAAAUGUAUUUUUUCUGAUAGUAAUGUUUCUGUUUAUUACACAGAUUUGUGAGUUUGGAAGUAAAAUUAGAAUUUUUAUGGAAAACAUCCUUUUUGCUUUUAAGGGUCAUAUUGAUAAAUCUGUUUAUUUUGUCAAAAGAUUUUUUGUACAAUUGUCUUCAUGUAACGUUAAGUGAUGCUUGACUUAUUUGUUUCUUUACUCCGCAAUCUAUUUCAGUAACGCAUAUUUGGAAAUUUGCCUAAUAAAUGUUUUGAUAUUUUCUCAAUAAGGAAUCAAAUUUCAGUUUAAUUGAAAAUGUACAAAAUCGAUUUAGAGAGAUUGAAUGUUUAUGUAAAGGACAUUGCUAUUUUUAGAAUUUUUUUUGAAAUGCAAUACUAACUACAAUUUACACUUGAAAGGUUAUAAUUUUCUGUGUUAUAUAAGAGGUGAAUCAUUAAUACUUUUAUAUUUUAAGAGUAUGAAUGGUUUGAUUAUUUAUGUUUCAUCAUCAUCAAAUGUCAUAAUGAAGUCUCCAUUCUAUUUGUAAUGAAAAAAGAUGAAAUUCUUUUGAUUUAUCUUUGGUAGGAUUUUUUACACAACUUUUGAUAGCUAUUUUAGGUUUGGCAAAUGUAAAAGUUCUUUUUUGACAAUUUGUUCUUUGAGAAGCAGUUAGAAAAAUAUGUUUGCCUAGUUCUUGUUUUAUUUUUGAUAUAAAACGAAAUGAAUUUAGGUUGCAAAUUGGUUAUUACAUUCUUGUAUUUUGUUUGUUUUGUCUUGUGUUUCAGCACUAAGUGUUGAAGCCAGUUCAUAUCUCAAUAAAACAAAUCGGAAACAACA